AUGGAUGACAGUCAAUUGCUGAAUCACAUGUCUCAACCCUGUGAUCUGGGUCCUGGCAGAGGAGCCGUUGGCAAUUCAGGCUAUUAUAGUGGAGAACAAUAUUCCAUCAUCCCUCAUCACGAUCAAUAUCAUGAGAUAGUCACCAUCUCCAUGUGGGUCUAUCCCUUAUCUUCCCAGCAGUCAUUCACGACCAUUCUGCGUAAGGCUUUGAAGUCUACCGAGUACACUCCCACAAUUCUGUUGUGGCCAUUUCAUGAUGAGGCCAAUGUUGGAGGUGGACAAAUCGAAGUGAUAGUUAGUACAUCCUACGACAAGGAGAACCUUCGCAGCAAGGGGAGUGUCACUGGCAGGAAAUGGAACCAUUUAGCAAUCGUUUUGCAAGGGUUAAGCAUUGAUUUAUACAUAAACGGCAUUCAUGAUAAUGUAUUGUCUCUGAAAGCCAGACCCUUAAAAAAUGAUGGACCCUUCUAUGUGGGAGGAGAUCCCUGGUUCAACGGUCCUCUGUUGUACUUAGACGAUCUCACCUUCUACAACAUACCAUUCUUAUAAUUGGAAAUAAGCAAAUUAGUCAACUUCCCUGGGCAAGUCAACAACAGACUCUUCUAUUUGGGCUGCGAUGGAUGCAAUUAUCAUCAGAGUUUGAGUAGUUGCAAAUAGGGUUCGCAUUUAUGUUCUCUCUCAGAACUCACAUCUGGAAUCUAUAUGCAUGCUCGUUAAAAUGGUUGGCUACGAUUAACCAAAGAUUUCUGGUCCAGAGUUGAUGAAAUAGAUCAGGAACUGGCUAAAAACUAUUUAGAUCCCCAAAAAACUAAGGCCGCUAUUUGUUGUUCAGAUUCUUUUUAUUGA